UUGUCAGGUCUCCGUCAAACAAGCCCUUCCAUCCCCAUCCAGUCCAGAAUCAUCACUUACCUGUAGCAAGCCCCAUUACAGCUCUGCCACUGAAUCCGCAUCUGGCCCUCCCUUAUCAAGCAUCAUCAUCAUCACCGCCAUCUCUUUAUCGACAUCAAACUCUUUCAAUCGACUGACCGAUUGCUCCUCUUCUCCAAAUACACAAGAAUACCCACGUGAAGCAACUCAACAGAACCCCACGGACACUACGGCGAGAGAGAGUUCUCUGCCGCUCCAUCAAUCACCGGCCGGUCAAUCAGGUCAAUCACCCUUUGGCCCAUCAUUCCAAGGCCCAUCUCAUCAUCCGCUUGUGUCUCCGUUUUGACGUCGGCUGUUUCGCUUCUCCUGCAGACGCAGUCAAAUCACCUUUAGAAGCAUUUGCCUCUUCCCCACACGCACCCGCCAUCCCACCAUCACUUACCUGUCCUGGGCUGAACAACCCAGAGCGACCAGCCAGCGCCCGACACCAAACCAAGCACCACCACCACCACCCCCCAAGCGUCCGAGCACACCAUCCCAGCCAAACCACCACAGAACACCGCCCAUCCCACCCCCCUUGCUUUUGCCAGUUUACCUGUACGCGCAAACCCUCUGGCCCUGCCCCCCAAACUCGACGUCACUCAGUUUAGAGCUUCAACCUGCCUACGGACUGUGCAAGACCGCCCGCUCAUCGAGACGAUUCGUCCGUCGAUCCCUCCAGCACAAACAAGCACAAAGAAGGUCAAAGUCUCUCGUCCUGACUUCCAUCAGCUAGCAAACCCCUUGAUCGACACUUUUCCACGGCGCACUACAGAGUGUCACCCUAAACCCCAGUCAGUCCAUCCAUCGGCCACCUCGAUAUAUAACCGCCGUGUUCCACACAUGCGCACUUGUCGAACGAUUCCCCGUUCGAUACCUCUUUCGAUUCUGUCCAGCCCUCACCCCACGCAAGACACGCCCCGUAACACCAACUCGGACUGCCUUUUUUUUAUUCUCUUUGACAGCAUCAACAACCUGACAACGAUAGCGCCCUCGUCAAGCAACUACAUAAACUGCGGUCCCCAGAUUGCUCCUCAUUAGUCUGCUCAACAUGUCCGCCGACAACUCAAACUCGAACCAGAACGAAAUGAAUCGUCAGAGACGCGGUUCCGUUACCCAGCAGGCCAUUGCCGGUCUUUUCAGAAGCAACUCUACUUCGAACGGCGUUGCUUUCCCUGGCACCAGCGACGCGCAGAGACGGAGGCUCUCAGUCUCUACCGGUCUCGGCCUUGCUGGCACCUCUCCUACCGGUGCCGGCGCCUUCAACUCGCUGAGGCGGGGAAGCCUGUCAACCAAUUCCAACGACUCCAUCGAUGAGAAUGCCGUCGACGAGGAUGAGAUGCCCGCCAACGCCCGCACCGCGCCCGCUACCCCCCUUCACCCGCAGAAUGAGCUUCGGAGCUCAGGCCAUGCGCACCAUGCGCACUGGCGGUGGAAGCCCUGGAUCAAACGCAGCAACCAAGGUUUCAACUGGUCCGAGCAGCUUAGAUCUCGCGCGGAAAGCUCUGUUCAAGGCCCGCGACCGUCCUUCUCGUUCGGCUCUGGCCUUUCUUCGUCUCCCCCCCGCGGCAUGAGCAAUGCCGGCACCCACGACCGCCAAAAGUCCGUCUCGGACAUGCCUGCCCCGCCCGCCCAGGCCGCCACCAUGAAGCCCAAGGCCCCCGAGCGGCCGAAGCCUGAUGCAUUCCAGGAACGCAUUCUGAAGGGCGACUUCUACAUGGAUUGAAAGGACCGUGUAAGACAAGGCUGCUAUGGUUGGCGUCAAACGAUUUUGCCAUCAUAAACAGCUCUCCCGUUUCGAUGGCUUUGCACCGCACGAGCGUGAAUUUAUCGCGGAAAACGAGAAAAACACCAUACAGCGUUUCACCAGUAUCGAGCGUUCUUCAUUUUUGUCUGUUUAUUUUUACCUGGGGGGACAUUCUGUCGACUAAACCCCACGUGGCGUUCGGCUGGCUGUGAUGAAGCCCGGUUGCGGCUUCAUUUCCGGGUGGGGAAGCACACACGACAUGCACAUGAGACCUUUGUCUCACAUUUAUCACGGAAGCGGAUUGGAAGUGCAAUUUCACCAGGAGUUUACACACGGCAUGGGGAAUUUGGGGGAGGAAGAUGGCAAAUUGCACGAUUUCGGGUCCCCAAACCAAGUUGGUCCGGAAAAUAUGUAUGACUUGUUGCUUGCGGCCCGUGACGGCAAUUUCAUAUGGGGUCAGCACACUUUGCCAUGAAGAUGUCUGGCGUACGGGAGGGGAGAGGACCACAUUAUUGUUACGUGGCUGGCAGACGUUGGUGCAGGGGAUGGACUGCUUAUGGGAAGUGCGUGAAGCAUACCAGUUCCUAUGAGAGGCAUUUCACAGGGCACAUGGCUUAAGGGCACGGCUGCGUGAGGAGAGGGUCCAGGUUAUGAACGCUUUGCCCAGGGGGGUUGAGAGGUGGAUGAAGGGCUAGUGACGAGCGCCAAGCUUAGGCACCAUGAGAAUUACGCUCGGACUCGAAUAAGAAGCU